AAAUACCACGUUCAGCCACAAAGCUGGCUUUAUAUAGUUAGGUUUGGUUGAGAAUCUGAUUUUCUGGACGCUGAAAGAAGAUGGCAAACUUUGUAGGUACCUGGGAGGAUACUGGAGAAAGGGAGGGGUACGAGGAAUUUGCUAAAGCCAUGGGUUUUAGUGAAGAAAUGAUGGAGAAGUUUCGAGGCACAAAAUAUACACUGAAGUACAGCAUAAACGGAAAUACGUGGACACUAAAUCUGUCCAGCACAUUUUUUCCAGGAAAGGAAAAAUCUUACACAUAUGAAAGUGGAAAGGAAUUCUGCGACACUGGGUUAGAUGGCAAAGAGAUCAGGAACACUGUAACUGUUGUUAAUGAUAAUGAAAUUCAAGAGGACAUGAAAAUCAAGAACGAUGACUCCUGGAGAGAGUACAAACUGACAAGGACGGUAGAUGGCGCUAAUAUGACAUCAAUUGUCAAUGCGUUUGGGAAAACCAUGCGUAGCAAGCAAAGACGACUGUAGGAAAAUGUAUAAUUAGCUGAAAAACACUGAAGACCACUGCACUCAGAUGUAACGUCAAGCAGUCGAAAGUCUCCAAAUAAGAAUAAUGUUCCACCUAACAAUACGAAAUCUAUUGGAAUUAUGAUUGUAAUGAUGAAGUUUACAUAUGUUUGAUAGAUAUAGAUAUAAAGAUAACAAUGAAAUGAAUAUUAUGAUGCUGUAAAAAUAAAAGUUUUCUUUCUUCAGAAA